CUGGCUGCGCGCAGCGCUCGGGCCGCGCUACCUGCGCUCGCUCCGCUCCCCGCGUCACCGCGCCCGGCGUAUAAAGCGCGGCCGGCCGCGCAUCCCCGCAUCCCCAGCGCUGAUCCCGGAGCGCGCAUCACCACAUCUCCAGCACUGAUCCCCGGACUCACAGCUCCGCAUCCUCUAACCCAUCUCUCGCCGAGGCAGCAGAGAUGUUUUAUUCGGGCAUCCUGACGGAGCCGAGCAGGAAAGAAGUGGAGAUCAGGGAAGCGGCGUCUCUCCGGCAGCAGAGGAGGAUGAAGCAGGCGGUGCAGUUCAUCCACAAGGAUUCUGCGGAUCUGCUCCCUCUGGACGGGCUGAAGAAGCUGGGCACAUCGAAGGAUACUCAACCACAUAACAUCCUGCAGAAGCGCCUGAUGGAGACAAACUUAUCCAAGUUCCGAGGCAGCUGGGCCCCAAAGGAUCUCUCAUCACAGACCAACAAGCUGAACCAAACCAGACUGGGCAGCUCAGGGAAAACUGAGGAUGAAGAGCUCAUAGUGGUGAGCUGCCAGUGUGCGGGGAAGGAGCUGAAGGCCGUGGUGGACACCGGCUCGCAGCACAACCUCAUGUCAUCUGCCUGCCUGGACAGGCUGGGGUUAAAGGAGCAUCUCAAGGCACUCCCUGUGGAAGAGGAGAUGGUUUCCUUGCCAAACAAGAUGAAAGCCAUCGGACAGAUCGAGGGUCUGUCGCUCACGGUGGGAGCGGUCCCUGUGGAGUGCGCGGCCCUCGUCGUGGAAGACAAUGACCAACCCUUUUCCUUUGGGCUGCAGACACUGAAGUCUCUGAAGUGUGUCAUAAACAUGGAGAAGCACCACCUGGUUCUGGGGCAGACGGACAGGGAGGAAAUCCCGUUUGUGGGCACUGACAGUGCUGAGGCAGGAGAGCAUUUGGAGGCAUAAAGAGAAAUUGAAACACCAUCCCCACACAGGAGCUUGAUAUCAAAGAAAUCCUGUGCAGCUGUUCCAGAUGAAACAGCAACGUGCUGCUUUGAAAACGUUUAUACCAGGCUACAGCUUGAGUAGAGCUAAAUGAAAUCCUGUUUGUAGCCAGUAAUUUAGAGAUAUUGUCAUGUCUAUCUAUGGGUUUUGAGAAACAAACGCGUGCUUAUUUUCUGGACUUUUCUAUAUAGUGUCCUCUUUAUUACAAACAGUUGGGAAAACCUUAUGAAUUUCUUCUGAUGAGAAAAAUACUUUUUAUAAUGGCCUCCUAUGAGUAAUUGUACUUAGCUGUGAUUAGAGGCUACCAGAAUGAGAUUUUUAUUAAUGAUUUUUCCAGGGGCUAAGCGUUUAUAUUCACUUAAUUGAUAUUGCCACAUUCAAAUGGCCAUUACCAGGAAGUUACUCAGAGUAAAAUAACAAUGUUAAUACCACCUAGGAAUUAUAGCUCAUCCUCUUAGCAUAGUAUUGUUGCCAUGUAAUUAGGGAUUCAACUGCUGGCUUGAUGACAAAGAGCAAUUGCAGAGUUAUUAAUGGGUUACAGGCUUCUCUGCAGUGGCGUGGCAGAAGCACAGGAACAGGGUCUGGGAGGGCUCCCAGGGUGAUCUCCCACCGUGGGGCUGGCACCAGUGCUGGGGCUUGAGAUCCUCUGGGCAAGCCUUGGCUGCUUUCCUGUGGGGGAAGUCAAGUAAAUCAAUCAUUACACCCGGCCAAAAAGCAACAAACGAGCACAGAAGUGUGCUGUCUGGAAAGCAGUACACCCUUGGCUGCCCCUGCCAGCAGGACCUGUGCCUCUCCCUGCCCAGCCUGCCCCCAGCCUGAAGCCCCUGCAGUGCCCAGGCCACGGCUGGUGGAGGUUUUUGUCCCCAGCUGCACUUCAGUGCUGCUGCCAGAAAUGCCAUGUUUUUUAUACCUGUCUACAAACUGCUUGGGCUCUUAAGUGAUGACCCUCAGGGUAGGGAGUUUUUGCCAGGCCAAGCAUUUCAUUUGGUGUCACUGUCCUGGAGCAGCAGGGCUGCUGCUUCCCGUGCCACACGGUAUUGCCUGGGGGAGCCUGGCCUCGCACAAACGCGGCUUUUUAUGCUUUCACAACCUGCUGGGAAUGAAUCGCUGUCAUCUGCUGAAGAGGCAUCUCUAAAAUUCAGAAUAAUCUGCUUGUGAGGUUGUGCAUCUGCUGAUGGCCAGUCCUGCUGCAGCUGGGUCCUUAAGGGAUGCACUUGUGCUGCUCUGCUUUUCCAAAAGCACUUUGGCCCCGCAUCAGCACCGCCGGCAUUCCCGCUUUGGAAUCCUCUUGAUGGCUCUGGCUGAAGAUCAGAAAGUUUUGUCAUCUCAUGGCCUUUGGCAACCAGGCUCCUGCCAGCAGAUCCAGUGUGUGCCCACUCUGCCAUCCCAUGCCUGCCAGAAUAUCUCAGCUGGAGCUUUACUUCCUGCAGUGGGUUUGAACCUCUUUUAGAUAUUUGGUAUAUCCAGCAAACCUGAGCUAUCUGUAUUUUGAGCUAUUUUCUAUUUUGGUGAUAAGUUUCAGUGCUUUCUCUACACACAGUAUUUUAUAUAACACAGCUAUAAAUAUAAAUAUAUAAAUAUAUUUACAAGGUUGGGCUGCCCAGGGUAGUCCCACUGAUGUGUUGUAGAAAUAUUUCACUAAAUGUGAAAUAUAUUUGAUUAUUUUAUAUGCUAUGAGUUUGGUAUUUUGGUACUUUUUUCUUUCUGUGCAUAUUACUGUGCUAAAUGUCAAAUUAAAUCUAAAUAAAGUUACACCUUUAUCACUGUUUA